CCCACAGGGAGGCCGAUGCCAGGAGCAGAUUUCACCAGCUGUAACUCUCAACCAAUAUUUGGAGCUCUGAACGGGAACGUAACUUUACGUGCAUCACCCUCUAAACCCACUAUGGAUAUCGUAUGGAAAAAAGGAAAGGAUAAAGUUGUAGAACUGGAUGAUCAAUUUGGUGUCAAAGCCUUCCCACCUUUUGAAGGCAGAGUUCAUUUAGACAACGUGUCGGGUAGCCUCAGCAUCUUCAACUUAAAAGUAUCAGAUGAAGAUGAGUAUGAAAUUGAGUCGCCAAGUAUUAAAAAUAAUAGCAAGUACACCCUCAAAGUGAUUGAGUCUCCUCCAUUACCGACAGUAAACUGCAUGUUGAACGAUGGAAAUAUUACGCUCCAGUGCAUGAUAUUGGAGCCUCCCAGCAGGCACGCAGACCUCCUGCAGUACUCAUGGGAGUGUCCUCCCACCAUGCUGUGUCCAAGUGACCCCAGCUUCUACCCAUCUGAUAUGUAUGUUCUGAAGGACAGCGAUCUUUCACAGGAAGUUCAGUGUGUCAUUAGCAAUCCAUUAUUCAAACAGAAGUCGUCCAUCACUUUGUCAACCUGUGCCCCAAGUGAUAAUACAAGGCACAGAUACAUGCUUUUUGCAAUACUGCCAGCAGUUGCAGCUGCUGUGCUGUUUUUUAAAUGUUUUCUGGUACGUCGUGGUCAGCACACGAACGCACAGAACUAGGAAGACUGUACACAGGUUGCGUUCACUUCAGGAGCCAAGGUCCGAGCCAGGCCCAUAUCAUGAACAAAAACAGGAUCCAGACACAGUUACCAGCAGCUGCUGCUUUGGCAUCAGAUUGAAGAACUGGCAAAAGAGACAACAUUUGCAAGAAGAUCUUUGGAAGUCAGAGGCAUUAAAAUGGGGUGAUAUUGGAAUAGGGAGCCAUUGUAGGUUCUGGAGCAGGAGAGAUUUGCAUGAAAAACAUGGUUCUGGGAUGAUGAGUCUAGGAAGAUAAAACUAACAUCUUAAGGUAACAUCCUGGGGAGAAACCUACAUAGCGUGGGGCUCUGUGUGCUUACUUUUCUCAGUGUAUUUUUGUUACUCAGAUUUUAUACUUUGUGUGCUUCCUUUGUGUGUGUGUUUUCUUAACAGAACACAUUUUCAUGGAAAAACAAAUAAUUGAUAUUUUAUACAUUGCAUUUUCUUCAGCAAAUCUCGAGUAGGGGCUCACUCGUAUUUCUAUAAUAGUUCGACACUGCAGAUUGGCCUAUGUAGAAACAGCUGAACUUUCAUAUGAAGUCAACUCCUCCUUGAUUGCAGAAUUCACGUUUUCUCAGAUACCUUUUAGAUUUAAAGAGCCCACUGUGGCUGCAGCGGGGGGCUCCCUAAACUCAACUGUUAAAGAGUUAUAGAUAUGAUGGAGGGGCAGGGAUUGGGGAAGGAGUUGGGGAGGGGACAAGCAUAACCAGGAAGAGAUGCAAAAUUGUCACAUCUCCAUGAGGACAGUAUCAGGAAGAACUUAAGCCCAGUUAAAAAUAUCUGAGGACAACCAAGCAGAGAACAGAUAUCUGAGGGAAGACGGACAUGCUAUUACACUUCUCACCAAGACAGUUCAGUUUAGAGAGCUUCCUGGAGAGCUGGUCAUUAUCCUGUUUCAUGCAAAUGUCUGGGAAGCAGAUCAAUCGAAUGAAAAAGGGAGCAGAGUCCCCCAUUUCUCUGGGAAGAAAGAUUUGCAAGUGUUCUCAGCCCGAAGGAGAGCUGAGAUGCAGACCUGAUUCUUUGGCAGUGGAUGAACCUGGCUGUGGGAGUGGGUGAGAGGACCCCUGGGGAGGGGGUGGGGGGGAAGGGGGUGCAAAUCCCCAGGAGGGGCUUCCCUGCAGAGAACUGUGCCUGCCGGAGCAUUGGAGCAGCGCUGCCCACUUUAUCCCCCUCAACAGUCCACAGCUCCCCUUUUCAUGUUGUACGAGGUUCUUAAGAAGGAAAACUCCUAUUUGCUUUCCUUUACCUCACCUCUGUGACUCCAGCGCUGAUUUUUCAUAAACUCCUUUUACCAAAGGAAUGCAGGUAGUUUGGGAACUCUGAUCUGGUCUGGUCUGUGGAAAUACAGGCAGUGGGGAAGACAAAAAGCCACGAAAUGGAAUCUCAGUUUGAAGGGACUUGCUCAGGCAAGGCUGUAACUUGGUGUUUGGACUGAUUUCCUCUGAGCUUCCCAAGAGUGUUCUGUCAUCACCAAAGAGGUGACUAAACAGGAAGAGAAACUGAGGUGGGAAGAAAACCAUCCCCAAGGAGAUUCAUGUGGCAAAGAAGGAAAUAACUCUUAGAAGGGGUGACAGUUUACAUACGGGUCUUACAGACUCAGCUCUGUUAUUUGGAAAUUUCAGUUACACUCAAAGGCUGCCUUGGUGUGAGGAGAUGGGACUAAUAAUUAGUGCUGUGCACUGAAGACAGCGCUUCUGGUGGAACUCCAGCUGCCAGCCCACGAGUGCCCAAGAACAGUCUCCCUCCCUCUCUGCUCCCUAGCACCCUUGCUUUUGAUGUGUGUAUCACAAAAGGCUACCCACAUAAGAAUGGGAGGGUAAUUAAGACUCAGACUGCAACCGAGAUUGACCUCACUUUAUACUAAUCUGAGACAUUUAUUUCAUAGCAUUGGUUCUUUGGUAACAGAAGACAAAAUCAAGUGGCUGGGAACUAAGUUAUUGUAAUAACUUUGAGAAGGGCUCUGAUUUACCAUUCAAGUAUUACGUUAUCCUUCAGGAAACCGUGGAAGCCUCACUUGAAUAGAUCCUUCAUAAGAAGCAAUGUUGUACAGAAGAAAUGACAACUAACAAAUGCUAAGCAUUCAUUUCUACUCUACCAUCAACACUGACUGUGACUGGAUGCUGUCUUGUCUCUCAGUUUUUUUUUUUUUAUUGUAUAUUGUGUUUGGAGAGACCUAAAUCUUUGUAAAUAAAUGUAAGUAUGUACAUAAGUGACUAAGUAGCUUAGCUCUUUUUUCAUAAUUUGGAAAAAUAAAAUAGAAGGAGGUGACGGCUUUGUACUGAAA